ACAAUAAAAUAAAAAUAAAAAACUCUACCUGGGAUAACAUUUAUUAUUGACUAUUUUCUUCUUCUUCUUCUACGAUUACUCAAACUGUUGAGAACUCGAGCCGAUGAUGAAACGUGUGACUGUUUCAUCAUCGGUGUCCGGCUGAUGAAAACAAAGGACAGAACUGCAGACUCAGCAGCAGCAGCAGCAGCAGCAGCAGCAGCAGCAGCUGCAGGGAGCGCUGUGGAUGAGGUGAAACCCUGUCCGGCUCCACUCUCUCUCUCUCUCUCGGCCCAGAGGAAUGUGCGGGUGGAGACUCCAGCUCCAGCUCCAGCCCGGAUAGCAACAGGCAGCCAGCUGUCAGAGAAGGAGGCUCACUCGGUCCAGCAGCAGGAGCCACCGGAGCAGCAGGAACAUGGCCAAAGUACACGGCAGCUCCUCCGGCUGUCGGGCCAUGGUUAUGGCAGGAAAGUACCUGUCCAGUCCGGCUGCCCCGGUCCAAAACCAACGGCCGGUUCUCCGGCAGCGGAGAGUUUUCUGUCCACACCACCGCCCGAGGAGACAUAGUGUAUCCUCAAACACCGGUGUAGUCCAACCUCAAAUUCGGGGUUGCAAAGGGGUGGAAAGACCCCGGCGCGGGGGGAGGGCCCUGCAGCGGCACUGGCGGUCCGUCCUGCCGUUUUUCUCUGCCGAGUCCUUCCUGCUGCUGCACGAGGCCGGGCGAGGGAGCAGUUUGCCGGAGCACGUUGCGGUGGACCCCAGCCUCCUCCAGUGGAGUCUGGACUGCGGGACCAUCCCUGUGGUCUGUCCGGUGGGCAGAGACGACCAGGGCUGCUCUGUGCUGUUGAACCCAACGGAGGUGACGGCUGCCAUCGCCCGAGUGCUGCAGCCGCACAAAGUCAUGUUCCUGAACAACUGCGGAGCCCUGCGCAGCCAAGAACACAAGGUGUUGGACACAGUGUCACUACCUGCUGAUCUGCCCAGUCUAUCGACUGCAGCGUGUUUGAGCACCGACCAAUGCCACAAAGUGACCACCAUCGCCAGGCUGCUCAACCAGCUGCCGGGUGAGUCCUCGGCAGUGAUCACCUCGGCCGACACGCUGCUGACGGAGCUGUUCAGUCACAGAGGGUCAGGAACACUCUUUAAGAAUGGAGACCCCAUACAUCGGUACACCUGUCUGGAGGGGAUCGAUGUGGAGCGUCUGCUGGCUCUCAUCAACCAAUCGUUUGACAGAACUCUCAGAGAAGACUACAUCAAGUCCCUGAACGGACGACUUCACUCCAUCUACCUCUCUGAGGGCUACCACGCUGCAGCCAUCAUCACCAUGGAGCCCGUGAACGGCGGCACUCCGUACCUGGACAAGUUUGUGGUGCGGAGCAGUAAGCAGGGCCAGGGCACCAGCCAGAUCCUGUGGGAGUGCAUCAAACAGGACCUGGGGAAGCUGUUCUGGAGGUCCAGAGCCACCAACUGGAUCAACCCCUGGUAUUUCAAACACUGUGACGGCAGUUUUGUGAAAGGGAAGUGGACCGUCUUCUGGUACGGCCUGACAGACAUCAGAGAUUCCUAUGAGCUGGUGGAGUUCGCCAUGAACCUCCCCAGCUCCUUCUGUAACUCCACCUCUGCCACCUCCUCCGCAGCUGUGGCCUCCUGAGGCACCUGCUGUCCACUGAGGGGUAAAACUGUGCUCUGGUUUCUUAAUCAGAAACAGUGGACUGUCCACUGCACCUUAGGUCUUAAAGAAGCUUUCCUUCUCUGGUUUACACUUUUCACUCAGUUUUUUCCCUAGAGAUUUUUUUAGAGAUGAAAAAAAAGAGCCUUAAAUUCAUAAAAAUGCUAAACAAAGAUUGAGCCAUAUUUUUGAGCCCCAACCAAACACAAACACGUGUAUAGUCAGCAGCAGUGUGUGAAUGGACGUGAACAAAUGGCACACUCAGAGGCAGAUGCCUUUCCAUAAAUAUCGUUUUAUGGCUGGUGGAAAUGUGCUGUUAACGUGUCAUUUAAAAGUGAUUUAAAAGAGUACAGUUACUUGAUAUUCCUUUUUGUGGAUACCUACAGUACCACACAAGUACACACUCCAAACAGCAGCCUUACAGUUCGACUGCUGGCCAGUCAAACCACUUGCUGCAUGUUGUUUGAUUUUUCUCACCAAAAUUCCUAUCUAUUCUUCUGUCUCCAGAUUAAGGAAAAAGCGACACCUACAGUAAAAAGGUAGCUAUUGGUGAUGCUGGGGUGUUGGUUAAAUGUUCUAUUGACACUGAGUUCAACUUUACCACACAGUAGUUCCAGUUUAAAGAAAGCAGGUAUUGCUGUGCUGAGCUGUGUGUAUUUCGGGAAUGCAUUUACUGAGGAAAUAAAAGUGAAUGAAUGCA